AUGGACGAGCAGAAAUCAAACUGCGAGGAGAAUGACUCUGAACCAACAGCUGAUGACAGUGCCCCUUCAAAGCAGCAUGUCUCCUCUGAAGAGGAGUCGAAAGCCCUUCCUGCUCCUGACGACAUGUCAGGUGCUCCUGCUGCCUCUUCCGAUCCACCUAUAGAGAGCAUUCGAGCCUGUGCGCUUUGUAACUGUGUGGAAAGGAGUCUGCAUGGACAGAGGGAACUGAGACACUUUGGGCCCUCUUCUGAGCAGCAGACCCUCAAGCCAUCAACUUCCCCACUGCCACAGCCUGGGAAUGAUGAUCUGUCUUCCAUUGGAUUUUCUCACUCACCAUGUUUGGCAGCACUCUUUAAUGACUCAGAGGGUUGUUGGGUUCAUCACUGGUGUGCAGCAUGGUCGGAGGGAGUGAAACAAUUGGAAAAUGAGGAGCUGGAGAACGUGGAUAAGGCCGUUAUCUCAGGGACACAGCAGCUUUGCGAUUACUGCAAAAGACUGGGUGCAACCAUUCCAUGCCAUGCUGAGGGCUGCUCACGGUUCUACCACUUCCCCUGCUCAGCAGCCAGUGGAUCCUUCCAGUCCAUGAAGCAGUUGGUCCUCCUCUGUCCAGAGCACAUAGAAAAGGCAGAGGAGUUGGCAGGCGAAGAGUCCUGGUGUGCAGUGUGUGACUCUGCAGGGGAGCUUACAGACUUGCUGUUCUGUACGGGUUGUGGCCUACAUUAUCAUGCGGCCUGUCUGGAGAUUGGUGCCACGCCCAUCCAACGGGCGGGGUGGCAGUGUCCAGAGUGUAAAGUGUGCCAGACUUGCAGACAACCAGGAGAAGACUCCAAAAUGCUUGUUUGCGAUGCCUGUGAUAAGGGCUACCACACCUUCUGUCUCCAGCCUGCUAUGGAUUCUCUUCCCUCCGACUUAUGGAAAUGCAGAAGGUGUCGUGUCUGUAUGGAGUGUGGUGUUCGAGGACUGGGGCUGCCAGGUUCGGCCCAGUGGUUUGAUAAUUAUGCCGUGUGUGAGGGCUGCCAGCGUCACCGCAGCACUAUGUGCAGCGUCUGCAGCAAAGCAGCCAACCCAUCUGUCACUCUGCAGUGCUGCAGCAUUUGUCACAGGUGGAUGCACAGUGAGUGUGCUUUACCAGGGGAACUUCCAGAAGCAAAGUGCAUUUGCCUGCUUUGCAAGGAGUACCAGCAGCAGCAGCAGCCAAUCACUCAACCACACACAGCAGUGAAACAAACCCGAGAGGCGCCUGAAGAGACCGUUGGGCAUGUGGAUAUGACAAUCCAAAGUGAUGCAGACAUGGUGACAGAAGAGCACACAGACUUAUCACUCACAGAGGGACAGAGAAGCACGUCGGAGCUGGACCCAGGUGAAGCAGAGACUGACAAAGAGUCACCUAUGGACUUGGGGGCGGAGUCUGAACCUGUUGAGACAAGAGAUGAUGGGACGAAAAUCGCGCAGGAAGAGCUGAAGUCAGCAACUGAAGAAUUAACUUCUGAGGUGCUCAAUGCUGCACAUGAGUCUAAAGAACCUGCAACAGCAAAACAGGGGGCCUCUUGUCUACCUGCUGAUGAAGAGAGAGCAGAAGACACAGCAAGCCGUAUGUCCCAGACAACUCCUUCCCAGGAGUUUUCAGGAGAGAUACUCUCUAACGACCAUAAAGGAGAGCAAACAUCUGUGUCACACCAAGGCCCUGAAAGUAUGAAGGUGGAGAAAGAAGAAGAGGAGGAGAAGCAGGAGGCCACUCCCUCAGCCGAGCAAGAUGUAUCACCUGAGUUCUUAAAAAGUGGCUCUGAUGGCAUGUCUGAUGAUCCACCAAAGUUACCAGCUUCUCCUGCCUCUGUGGACGAAACGGAGGAUUUGCCAAUGUCUAACCAGCAGGAAAGAAGUCCGUGCCCAAACCCCCUGUCCCCUUCUCCUCUUUCUUUAUCAGUAGAUACUCGAGAGGCCCUCACUGCUGUAGACAUGGAGGGGAGGUCACUACCUCACUCUGAGGAAGAGGAUGAGGAUGACGAGGAUGAUGAGCUGAUGAAAGAAGGACAUAAUGACGACAUAAAGCAGGAACUUCUUGAGCACGACGUGAAGCCUGAACUGCUGCUGGACGAAAUGUCCAAUAUGAGCCAUGGAGAUGAGAGCAGCAGUGGCUUUUUGGGCUCUCCAGGAGAACCUGAUCCUCAGCUCUCCAUGGAAUUUGGCCUUGUUCCUGCUGGCCACUCACACACAGACAACCUGCUUACUGAGACCGAUGACUCGCUUCCCUUUGAACCCCUCAGAAGUGACAGAGAAAAGGUGAAGCGAAGAGGAUCCCCAGGCCGCUCACGGGUCAAGCAGGGGCGAAGCAAUAGUUUUCCUGGGAAGCGAAGACCUCGAGGGGGUGGUGGAGGGAGAGGGCGUGGUGGAAGGUCACGCCUUAAAGCCAUGGCCUCCUGCAUCGAUGCAUUCUUGCUAAGCAUGACCACAGACACUGGAAUAAGUAAGGAGGAGGAGGAGGAGGAGGAUGACACCAUGCAGAACACAGUGGUUCUUUUCUCAAACACUGAUAAAUUUGUCCUUCUCCAGGACAUGUGUGUUGUAUGUGGCAGUUUUGGAAAGGGUACGGAAGGGCAGUUAUUGGCUUGUGCUCAGUGUGCCCAGUGUUACCAUCCGUACUGUGUGAACAGCAAAAUCACCAAGACGAUGCUCCGUAAGGGAUGGCGAUGUUUGGAAUGUAUUGUUUGUGAAAUGUGCGGAAAGGCUUCGGACCCCUCCCGACUGCUGCUGUGUGAUGACUGUGAUGUCAGCUAUCACACUUACUGCUUGGAUCCACCCCUGCACAAUGUUCCCAAGGGUGGUUGGAAGUGCAAAUGGUGUGUGUGCUGCGUGCAGUGUGGUUCCAACACACCAGGGUUCCACUGUGAGUGGCAGAACAACUAUACCCACUGUGGCCCCUGUGCCAGUCUCGUCACUUGUCCUGUAUGCAGGGAAAACUUCAUGGAAGAGGAGUUGCUGCUGCAGUGUCAGUACUGUGAUAGAUGGGUCCAUGCAGUCUGUGAAAGUCUGUACACAGAAGAUGAGGUGGAACAAGCUUCUGAUGAGGGCUUUGCAUGCACAUCCUGCACCCCAUAUGUUCCAAAACCUGUGGUAGAGUCAGCCAUUAUGGCUUCAAUAAAGCUCAAAGAACCAGAACCCCAGUUUUACAGGUUGGAGGGUGUGUGGCUUACAGAAUCUGGUAUGUCCCUGCUCCGGAGCAUCUCCAUGUCUCCCCUACACAAGAGGCGGCAGCGUCGCUCCCGUCUCGGCACUCUGUGUUGUGAAGGAGGUCCUGAUGGAAUGGAUCUGAGGGAUAUCGAAGGAGACGGGGAGGAUGGAAAAGGCUGUGGGGAGCCCAUGGAAUGUGAACCCAAGAUGGAGAACCAUGGGAGCCCUUACAGAGAAGCUGGUGCUGAGGGGAAUGAAGGGAUGGCUGACUGUGACGGUCUCAAAGGAGGGGCAGAUGAGACAGAGGAUAGCAAAAAGAGAAAGCGAAAACCAUACCGACCAGGCAUCGGAGGAUUCAUGGUGCGCCAAAGGAAGUGUCACACACGGAUGAAGAAAGAGUUCUUUGCCCAGCUGGCUGGAGAGACUACGUUAGAUGGACAGCCAAUAGAGAGAACCAUUGAUGAAGGACCCCACCCUGACACAGAUAACAUAAUGGAUCCUAAACCAGUGGAGGGAGAGGAACAAGCCAAGAAACGUCGUGGCCGGAAGAAGAGCAAACUAGAGGACAUGUUUCCAGCUUACCUCCAGGAGGCUUUCUUUGGGAAGACAUUAAUAGACUUGAGUAAGAAAGUUGGGAUGUUACCCCAAGGACAGAGGCCCAGCUCGGGCCUUGUCCGCCCUUCAUUACCAGCACCUUCAGGGGUCAACACUACUGCUCCAGAGACUGAGGCCAAGGAUCGUGUGGUGAAAGUUUUUCCUCUCAAGCAAGAGGGGGGUGAAGCCUUCCAGGCUCAGGGAGAAGGUGCAGGAGUUUCUGCACCAUCCUCAUCGCUGAAGGACCAGCCAUCAACUGAUACUCUUGACUCUGAUGCAGAUAAAACUGAAGGUCUUCCUCAAGGGGUUGAAAGUCAGGACUCUGAGCAGUUCUUCAGGAAGGUCCUGGGAGUGUCAGACGGCUCCUCUUUGGGUGGCAUAAAGCCUAUCCUGGAGGGCAGUAAGGGAGAACUCAAUCGUAGCGCUCUGCCGCAGAGAGCUCUCCUCUCAGGGUCCCUGCCCUCAGCUGGAAUGAUGGAUGCCUUUCCUGGCCUUUCUCAGUCACCAUUCUUUGACAUGCGGGACCGAGGAGGACUGUUCAGUCCAGAUGGUGGUGAGGAGAGCCCCUGGGCCACUCCCUCAACCCCAGCAACCCCCUCUUCCCCACCAACCCCCACUGAGGCAGAGGGUGAUGGGCUUUCCUACAACCAGCGCAGUCUGCAGCGCUGGGAGAAAGAUGAAGAGCUUGGGGAACUCUCAACAAUUUCCCCUGUGCUUUAUGCUAACACCAACUUUCCAACCCUCAAACAGGACUACCCAGACUGGGCUAGUCGCUGUAAGCAAAUCAUGAAGAUCUGGAGGAAGGUGUCAGCUGCUGACAAGGUUCCAUAUCUGCAAAAGGCCAAAGAUAACCGAGCUGCUCAGAGAAUCAAUAAGGCACAGAAGCAGGCGGAGAGUCAGGUGUGCAGGCCAAUCAAAAUAGAGGCAGGACGUGUGAAAGGAGAACGGCCCAGCUUACACCUCCAGAUCCCUCCUCCUUCAGGCUCUACAUCAAUCUCUUCCCAGCCCAGCUCUGCAGAGAGCCCCUAUCCCUUCCCUCCAGAUUCAGGAUCAUCCUCUGUCUUUUUCUCAGAUGGACCUGUUAAGACCCCAGGGUCAGCUGAAAUCCGGACAGAUCCCUUAGCCAAGCUGCCUCCUCAGUCGCCCCACUCCCACUCCCACUCUCACUCUCACCCAACUACCCCCUACUCCCAUGCUGGGGCCAGCCCCUUGCAGGCCUCUUCCUCAGGUUAUUCCGCUUCCGGCCCACCGGGUCCUCCUCAGGGACGGCCAGCCAGUCUUGGCCCCUUUGACAUGCAACCAGGAACUCCUGGAACCCCCAGACGGGCUCAGCAGGUUGACCCCUAUUUCAGAUCGCAGCUGCAGCAGCAAAAUCAACAUCAACAUCAACAGAGUCAUCUACCACAAUCACAGCAGGGCUCUCAGGAGUCCCUAGGACCUCCAGAAAGUCCUCAUUCAAGAAAUUCUGGGCUUGGGGAAUCGCCCAUCUUCUCCCCAUCUCACAAUAUACACUAUGGAGACCCAUUCAGAAACCAGCAAGGGAUGGUUCGGCCAGAUUAUGGUUCAUCCCCGUCACCAUCUGCAGUGGCUUCCUCACCUGCCAGCACAGGGCAGUUCAGGGCUGAUAUGAGUGCACCUUCUCCACGCGCCUCCUCAGUUGGAAGACUUGACUUAUCCACUGGCUCCCCUGCUGGGAUGCUGGAGUCUGGGGAUGGUUUAUUUAAGGCACCUAUGACCCCCCGAAUGCACCAAGGGGAGGGGGCACUUCAUCCUGGAGCUUCCCCUAGCCACCCGUCUGAGGGUUACAGGCAGUCUCCCUCCCACUCUUUCUCUGAUCCACAUACUCAGCCAUCGCUAACUCCAAGACCGCAGUCGGGUGAUAAUUGUUCCCUUGGACCCCAAAGACACCCAGGAGGUCAACAGGAACUAUGCCCUAGGGUGCCCUCCAGCCCACAGUCCCAAGGCAGCUCUCAGUCUCCUCACACUCCUGGUGGCAACUCAAAUGAUGGUUACUCUGUCCAGUCACCUGCAACCCCCCGUUUCCAAUCCCCAGACCCUUGUUCUCAGCCACCUUCAAGGCCACAAUCCAGAGAUCCCUUUGCUACUAUCCCCAAACCUCCUCGCCCCCCUGCCGCCCCAGAGGGAACUGCAAGUUACAAAAGCUCACCUCCUAACCAGCAACCUCCACCCCAUCCUACCAACACUUCCAUUGGGGAUCCUCUCUCUGGUAAACCAUCCACACCUCCUACUUUCAGCCGCAGUCCCAGCACUGGAGGCUUCCAAAUAACCCAACAACAGAGUCAGAUUUUACAGGGUCAGCUUCAGCAAUCACAGGCACAAACUCAGCAGACUAUGGGGGUAGACAGCUUCAGCUCCAGGGCGCCACCUUCCUCUGGAUCUCACGAACUGCAAGCUGUGCGUCCUUCAGAUACCCCUCAUCAGUCAUCUUUGCCAGGCACCCAAGAAAUUCCUGACAUUUCAGCCGGGCAAGAUCCUGCUUUGGCAGGCCUUAGCCCUUCUGAAAGACAGCGCCAGAGACUGAGGGAAUUCUUAAUAAGACAACAAAUGCAAAGAAAUUCCAUUAGACAAGAGAAGGAGGCUGCUGCGGCUGCUGGCAGUGCAUCCCCCGGCUGGGCUGGAGGGGAGAUAGGAGCCUUUCAACAAGACAAGGUCCACAGAGCACCACCACCCUAUCCACAGGAUCGUGUUGCUGCUACUACUGCUGGAGUUCAGGCUUCAGUAGCAGGGAAGAUUCCCAUGGCUAUUGGGGGUAUGGAGGACAAACUCAUUCGCCCACCACCUACAGGAACCCCUGCCAUAAUGGAUCCCAGUGCACAAAGGCCGCAAGGGCCUAUGCGACCUCAAGGAAUGUUUCCUCGUCCACCGUUCCAUCAGCAGUGGCAGGCUCAUGCUCCAGGUCCACGGAGGUUUCCCCAGCCUGGCAUGGAGGCUAUUGGCAUGAGGCAAAACCUAAACACUGCUGUAAACAUACAGGGUAUGGAAGGCAUGGGUAACCCAAACAUGAUACAAGGACAUGGAGGAGAGACCAUGCAGCCAGUAUGUCAAGGACCCCCACCUCAGUUCAUUGAAUUACGACACAACUCACAGAGGCUACCCAUACGACACCAGUUCAUGCCGCGUGGACCGCAGCCCAGACCGCGGCUUUUUUUGCCACAACAAGAGACAGCACCAUAUGUUCAACAACAUCCAAUUGCUCAAACUGAGGGCAUUCAAACAGAAGGAGCCAGCAACUCACAGUUGGGGUUACAGCAGGGUGGACUUGCAAAUUUAUUGCCUCGGCAGUCUUCAGGAACAGUAACACAACAGCCUCAUCUGCAUCCCCAGACAGCUAUUUCAAAUCCAAACAUUCCUGGCACAGAGCAGCAUCAGCUUCCACAACCCAGUGUAGUCCCAGGAACACAGCCUGCCACAGUAGAAAACAGCGAGGAACUGCCAGAGCCUGACCUUGAGGGGCUUGAAAACACCCAUGGAGAUGGAGGUGUAGAAGAUGAGGAUGAUUUGGCUCUAGAUUUAGACCCUGACAAAGGAGAUGAUGACUUGGGUAAUCUGGACAACCUUGAGACCAAUGAUCCACAUCUGGAUGACUUACUUAAUAGUGAUGAGUUUGACCUCCUGGCUUACACUGACCCUGAGCUGGACCAAGGAGACCCAAAAGAUGUCUUCUCCGAUCAGUUGCGAUUGGUAGAGGCAGAAAGUGAGGCACCUUCAUCUUCCUCCGGGUCUGUUGUUGUUAAAGUGGAAGAGAAAGCCACAAAGGAGCCAGGGCAGAAGUCUCUCACAACAGCCUCUGGCACUGUAGGGGGUGUUUCUACCCAACUGCCAUCCUCUGUACAAACUGCUGAUACCGUCAAGAUCAAAGUAGAGGACACAGGUCUGACCCCUCAGCUGCAACCAGGACAGCCUGUGGUAAAAGAUGAGUUUGGUGAGGCUGUGUCAAUGCUUCUUGGUGGGAACACACCAUCAGCCAAGUCUGCUCAGGCAGAAAACCAGCCAGCUUCACUCAGUUCAGUUCGAUUAGGGGGACUACAGUAUGCCCUGCCAGGUCAAGCUGAAGCAUUGCCUUUUCCAUCAGCUGCUCCACAUGCAGAUAUGGGUGGUGAUCCACUUGGGCUGCCUGAUGUAGGUGGACAACACUCCCCUGCUGUAGAUUUGGCUAAGGUAGAGAGCUCUUUAGAUGGUGAGCUGCCUCUGUUGAUACAGGAUUUGUUAGAGCAUGAAAAGAAGGAACAACAGAAGCAGCAACAGCAGCAACAACUCAGUUCCCUCCACCAAGGAGGCAUGGCACCUCAUUUUCCUGGUCUUCCAAAUCAACAGCCAAACCCACAAGCACCUGGGCAGAUAAUGCUGCCACAACAUCAUCGUCCUCCACACCAAGGAAUGAUGGCUCAGCCAGGAAUGGGGCCUCGUCCUUCUCACAUGUUGCAGCAGCAGCAGCAGCAAAGGUUCAUGGGAAGUGGAAUAGCACCUCCUCCUCACAUGACAAUGGCCCAGCAGCAAGCCAUGAUGAGGAUGGGGCAGCCAGGGAUCCAUACUGGUCUCCCUCAUCAACAGCAGCCACAGCAAGGGGUUAAACAGUCACCUCUGGCCAACAAUUUCUUCCCAGAUAAAGAUUUAGACACAUUUGCGACUGAUGACAACAUGGAUCCAAUCGCUAAGGCAAAGAUGGUGGCACUCAAGGGUAUCAAGAGAGUGUUGGCACAGGAGCCAAUGGUUGUUCCCCCUGGUAUUAACAGGCAACAAGUUUCUCUCCUCGCUCAGAGGCUAGCCUCUGCCCCCGGCACAGAUCCAGCUCAGCUUGCAUCUGGACCACCAAAGGAGGGAGAAACGAGUGAUCCCACCCAGUCAAGACCCAACCCUCCCCAGUUUGUGCAAGGAAUCAUCAAUGAUGCAGAACAGCACCAAUAUGAGGAAUGGCUUCUUCACACUCAGCAGUUACUCCAAAUGCAGUUGAAAUUUUUGGAGGAGCAAAUUGGAGUUCAUCGGAAAUCUCGAAAGGCUCUGUGUGCUAAGCAACGCACUGCAAAGAAAGCUGGCAGGGAAUUAGCUGAGGCAGAUGCAGAAAAACUGAAGUUGGUUACAGAGGAGCAGAGCAAAAUUCAGAAACAGCUUGACCAGGUACGCAAGCAGCAGAAGGAGCACACCAAUCUUAUUGCAGAGUACAGAAGCAAGCAACAGCAGCAUCAACAAGGCUCAGGUCUUCUUACCCCAGGUCAUUCUGCACAGGGCCAACCACCACACAUGUUUCCCAAGAUGGCUGGUCAGAUGGUGAUGGGCCAGCAGGGAACCCCAGUAAUGGGCCAGCAGGGAACCCCAGUAAUGGCCCAGCACCCUGGCAUGAUGCCCCAAGCUGGAAUGCCUGUCAGAAUGCCACAAGGGCAGCCCUUCAUGGGUGGAGCUCAGCCACAGCAUCCUGCUGUCCUCAGAGCCAGUGGCGUUAGUGGUGUAAGGCCCCAAGGUCCACCUGGUGCUCCAACAGGAUUUUUCCCUCAGGGGCCUGGAAUGCAAGGUGCAGACCCCAGGCUUCUUCAAGAGAGACAACUUCAACAUAGAAUGCAGAUGGCAAAGCUCCAGCAGCAGCAGGUUAUGAUGGGCCAGCAAGCGAUUCCACAUCCAAAUCAACAGUCUGGCUUAAUUCCUCAGCCACAGUCUGGUAUGAUGAGGAAUCCACUUAUGGCCCAACAACAAGCAAACCCUCAGCAGGUUAUGCUUGCUAACCAAGCCAAUCAACAAAGCAUGUUGCAGGUUCCACAAGGAAUGGUUGUAGGCCAGUCUGGGGCUCCAAUGCCACAGACCCUUCCCGGAGGACAGCCUAUUAACCAUGCUCAAGGCAUGAUGCCAGCUCAGCCAGGGAUUAUUGGGAACCAUCCAGUUAUACCUCAGCAACAGAGGCCUCAGAUGAUGAUGGGACAGCAGGGCAUGGUUGGAUCUCCAGGUCAUCCAGGCCUCAGAGGUCCUCAGGCCCAAUUGACUCCUCAACAACAGAACAUUCUGGCCCAACGCAUGCUUGCAUCGCAGCAGCAGCAGCAGCAGCAGCAAAGUGUUAAUAAGAAUUUGGCCCACAUUCAGCAGCAGCAGAUGGUGCAGCAAAGACAACAAACACAGUUGAUCGGCCAUUCCAGCCAAGACCAAGGAGGGCACUCCCAACCCUCAACCCCACAGAUGGGCUCCUCACCUUCAGCAGGUAGUAUCACCCCCCAACCACAGGGAGCUACAGAAAACCAAAACUCAGCCUCCAAAGAGGGUGGGAUCCUCAGCCCUGAUUCAAGAACGCCACCACAGCAGAUGGGUCCUUCCACUCCCAAUCAGACUUCCCAACAAGGCACUACAAAUGAUCACCAAACUGAACUGGGAAGACAUCAGUUACAACUACAGCAGCAGCAGCAACAACAACAAAACCAGGCUUAUAUGGCCCAGCAACAACAGACAAUUCCUCAGUCUGUACCUGAGCAACAAAUGGGUGUUGUUGGAAACCAACAAACUGGUGUGCUUCAGCACCAACAAGUUCCGCUCACUCUCCAAAGGCAAGGUUCACUGGGUAUGGACAAUUCUGGUUUGAUGACUGUUAAAGAGGAAGGAAAGCCAGUUGAUUUCUUAGCUCAGCAACAACAAACAGCUCAAAGUGCCAUGCAGCAGUCUCAAGAUCCUAGCAUGCAGCAGCAGAUCCUAGGCCAAAGCCACCCUGGACAGCCACAGCCUGUGGUAAUGGGGCAUAAUCCACAACAGCAAGCUCUCAUGGCCCAGCAGCAGAAACAGCAGGCCAUGAUUGGCUUGAUGAGAGCCCAGCAUCAAGGGAUGAUUGUACAGAGGACUGGACUCCCACCUGGACAGAUCCGCACUCCCAUCAACAUCCAGGCGAUUAUUGCUCAAAACCCUCAGCUCCGGAGUCUUCCCCCAAACCAGCAGAUACAGCACAUUCAGGCCAUGAUUGCCCAGCGGCAAGGACAGAUGCAGCGGAUGUCAAUGGGUCAAGGCCAGCAAAAUCAGUUACAGCCUCACAUGCCCCCUGGACAGCUUUUACAGGUUGGGCAGCAGAUGCCAGGGAUGGAAGGCCAGCAGAUACCUUACGGAGCCAUGGGGAAGCCAGUAGCAAUUGGCCCUCAGCAACAGUCAGGUAUAAUAGGCCAGCAACCUGGUACUGUUCCUCAGAUCCAGCAGGGGAUGUUAGUACCAGGGCAACAACAGCCACAAUCAGGGGAGAUGAUGCAACAUAUGAUGAGAGGUCAGGUACCAAUACCCACUCCCCAAAUGGACCAGGGCCGUAUGAUAAGGCCAACAUCUCCUCGUCAGCCAUUGCCAAACUCUCCUGGUGAUCCAAAAAGGCAUGCAUUUAGUCAAGUUAUGGGUAUGCGUCCACCCACCCCAAACCAGAACCAGCAAGCACUAAUGGCUGCUCCAGCUGGACGCAUGCAGGGCUCUCCAUCCAAUGCCUAUUCUCCAAGAGGUCCCUUCGGCAUGAGCCCAGCCCACCCAGGGUCCCCCCACUCAUCCCAUGUCUCCUCACCUAUAGCUGACAGCAGGGCUGGAAGGGGGAGUCCAUACAGCCAAGUCAAGGCAUCUCCACUCAGGUCACCUGGAGCGAAGAGUCCUCUUGACUGUCCAGGAAUGAAAGUUGAAGCUCACACAUCUGCCAAUGAAACAUCCCAGACAGCCUUAGGUAUCCCUAAUGGUCCACAAAAAGGCAUGAAUGCUCAACAACAUCCGCAGCAGGUUCCAGACAGCCACAUUACUGACGCACAACAAAUCUCUAGAGGAGGUGAGGUUUACAAAAUGACCCUACAGAACAUUAAACAAGAACCAAGAGAGGUUCAGUGUGAUGGUGAGGCUGAGGCUCAUCCUGGCGCUAUAAAGCGAGAAGUAAUGGGUGAUGCAUCGUCAUGUGGGAACAAUUCAGGCUUUAUUAAUGCUGGAAACAUGGCCGGAGACCCUGGGACUCAAGGCCCUAGGUCUGAGACUGGACAGCAACUUCUGCAGAAACUCCUGAGAACAAAGAACCUUCAGCUUAGUGCUCAGAGGCCCUCUGAGGGCAUCCACAAUGAGAUCAAUGGACACAUCAACAGCAAACUAGCAAUGUUGGAACAAAAACUUCAAGGGACUCCACGAAACAUGGAGGAUUUACAGUCUAUAACUAAAAGAGCCCCUGCACAAAAGCCAAAGCGCACCAAUAAGGCAGCUGGAGACCGAGGGCCCAAUGCACGCAAGAAAAAUAAAAAGGAAGAAGUUGGAAAAAGUGCAGAAGCCCUGAUAAAGCAACUCAAACAGGGUCUGUCUCUGCUACCUCUGAUGGAACCCUCAAUUACUGCCAGUCUGGAUCUAUUUGCCCCUUUUGGAAGCAGCCCAGCCAAUGGUAAAGCCCAGCUCAAAGGAUGCUUUGGAAAUGCAGUGCUGGACAACAUCCCAGACUACUACUCUCAAUUACUUACUAAGAGUAAUCUCAGCAACCCCCCAACACCCCCAUCGUCCUUGCCACCUACUCCUCCGCCCUCAGUACAACACAAGCUGCUGAACGGAGUGACUCCUGGGGAGGAACUGUCUGAAGGUCGAAAAGACACAGAGCAAGCAGAAGAACCAAUGGAUUCAGUUACAGUGGAGGUGAAGAGUGUAGACAUUCUCGCAGCUCUCCCCACUCCUCCACAUAACCAGAAUGAGGACAUCAGGAUGGAGAGUGAUGAUGAGGAUGCCCCAGAAAGUAUCAUCCCGGCAUCCUCCCCUGAGAGCAACAUAGGAGAUGCAACGCCUCGUUUCCCCCACCUCCGUGAGCCGAAAGAGGAGGAGACAGAGAGAGCAAUAUCUCCCAUCAUCCCCCUCAUCCCUCGCACUGCCAUUCCAGCAUUCCCAGAAAACAAACCAUUUGAAGCAGCUGAAAGCAAGGCAGUGUCCACAUCCAACCACUGGGACAAGGCCAAAAGCAACGAGGUGUCGGUUACCUUCAUGUUGUCCUCUGCUGCUGCCAAGAAACUGAACCAUGUGAUGAUGGCCAUGGCACAGCUGCUUAAUAUCAGGAUGCCAGGUUCAUAUGAGGUGACUUUCCCUUCCCAAAACCCUGACAUGCCGGGAGUUGAUGGGCCUGGGAAAGGAUCUGGACAGUCAGGGUUGUUGUGCACAAAGGACAGCCCGUCACCAAGUCAGGAUGAGUGGCUCAGACAGUUUGACGUUUCUCUGCCGGGCUGUACACUGAAGAAACAAGUGGACAUCCUGGCACUUAUAAAACAGGAAUUCCCAGAUAAAGAGGACAAACCAGCACUGCACUGUUACACGACGAAUGUAAGCGACCUGGAUGUGCGGCACCUUCCUGCUUUACCAAUGGAAGAAUCUCCACCCCCAUCGCCGUCCCCUCCACAACCUCCACCAUCGGUCCCAGUUCCAACUGCUGAAGCUGAACCUUCAACAGCAGUUUCUCCAUCCCCUUCUCCCUCCCAUCCCACCGUUGUCAAGAUCAAGACUGAGCCUGAACAGUAUGAUGAUCUCUCUGCUGAGGCUGCUCCACCAGCUGUUGUCCCAGAGUCUGAGCCUGCUCCUCCAGAGUCAGUCACAGACCCAGGGACUGCCUCUGAAGUUCCAGAUCAAACCGCUCCGACGGAAGAUCAUCAGACUCCUGUUGCAAAAGAAGAGGACAUAGCCACUGAUCUCGCUCCUCCAGAAGAUUCUUCUGACAACCUGGAGUCUUCCCCAAAGGCUGUAAAGCAGCGCAGGCCUCUCUCCCCUGAUGAGGAGGUGGUCCAUCCCAAGGUGAAAAAAUGGAAGGGGAUUCGCUGGAAACGUCUUCAGAUCGUCAUCACAAUACGCAAGGGGGGUUCUAAGAAAGAGAGCAGCCGUGAGGUGUCAGAGCUGAUGGAACGCCUUCGCAUAACUCUUCGACCAGACAAGCUGCCCAGGGAUAAACGAAAAUGCUGCUUCUGCCACGAGGAGGGUGACGGAGCAACGGAUGGGCCUGCCCGACUUCUCAACAUCGAUGUUGACCUAUGGGUGCACCUCAACUGUGCCCUGUGGUCUACAGAAGUGUAUGAGACGCAGGGCGGCGCCCUAAUCAACGUGGAGGUAGCCUUGCGUCGGGGAUUACGGACCCUUUGUGCAUACUGCCAGAAGACCGGGGCCACCAACAGCUGCAACAGACUCCGCUGCCCGAAUGUCUACCACUUCGCCUGUGCCAUCCGAGCACGCUGCAUGUUCUUCAAAGACAAGACCAUGCUGUGCACCCAGCACAAGCUCAAGGGUCCCAGUGAAGAUGAACUCAUUGCAUUUGCCGUUUUACGCCGCGUCUACAUUGAGCGUGAUGAGGUGAAGCAGAUUGCCAGCAUCCUGCAGCGAGGUGACAGGAUUCACCUGUUCCGUGUUGGGGGUCUCAUAUUUCAUGCUGUUGGUCAGCUGCUCCCCUCCCAGAUGGCUAACUUCCACUCACCCACUGCAAUCUUCCCCGUCGGCUAUGAGGCCACGCGCAUCUACUGGAGCACGCGUCUGCCUAAUAAACGCUGUCGCUACCGCUGCCGCAUCAGCGAGGAUGACGGUCGGCCGCUGUUUGAGGUGCGAGUUCUGGAACAGGGCAUGGAGGAUCUGCAGUACCGUGACACUACUCCAGAGGGAAUAUGGGAGCGGGUGGUUCAGCAGGUGGCUAAACUGCGAGAUGACUCAUCCAUGUUAAAGCUGUUCACUGAACAUUUGAAGGGGGAGGAGAUGUAUGGCCUCACAGUGCAUGCUGUCAUGCGCAUCACUGAGUCGUUGCCUGGAGUGGAGAACUGUCAGAACUACCAGUUCAGAUAUGGUCGCCACCCCCUCAUGGAGCUCCCUCUUAUGAUCAAUCCCAGUGGCAGCGCUCGCUCUGAGCCAAAGGUCCCCACACAGUGCAAGAGGCCUCACACUCUAAACAGCACCAGUGUGUCAAAGGCCUACCAGAGUACCUUCACUGGAGAGCUCAACACACCAUACAGCAAGCAGUUUGUCCACUCCAAGUCGUCCCAGUACCGCCGCCUGAAGACCGAGUGGAAGAACAACGUGUAUCUGGCAAGAUCACGCAUUCAGGGCCUGGGUCUGUACGCUGCCAAGGAUCUGGAGAAGCACACCAUGGUCAUCGAGUACAUUGGCACAGUCAUCCGUAACGAAGUGGCCAAUCGCAGGGAGAAGAUCUAUGAGUUGCAGAACCGUGGGAUCUACAUGUUCCGCAUCAACAAUGAGCAGGUGAUCGAUGCCACUCUAACAGGUGGCCCGGCACGCUACGUCAACCAUUCCUGUGCACCCAACUGCGUUGCAGAGGUCGUAACAUUUGACAAGGAAGACAAGAUUAUCAUCAUUUCCAGCCGCAGGAUCCCCAAGGGAGAGGAGCUGACCUAUGACUACCAGUUUGAUUUCGAGGACGAUCAGCACAAAAUCCCUUGCCAUUGUGGAGCCUGGAAUUGCAGAAAGUGGAUGAACUAAGCAGAAGAAGGAAGAAGGGAGAUUUCCUCUCUUGCAGGUGCCAGAACACUCUUGCGCCAAAGCCUUUGAAUCCUACAUAGCCAGUGCAUAAGCUGAUCUGAAAGACAAGGAGGAAGGGAGCGUGGACACCUGUAGCCAAAGGUUUGAAGAGCAUUAAUCAAUAAAAGCAAGCAAGCGUCUCCGUCAACAGCAACUUGAUGGUGGCACUAACUUUCAUGUUUGGACUAGUGAAUCACCCUCUCCUCAAGCAAACCCCCGCCCCCCCCCCCCCCCCCCCCCCAGACUCUUGAUAAGCUUACAGCGGCUGGAAAACAACCCUCAACAUCUACCAAAUGAUUCCCCUCUGAUAUCAAUACUCGACGAUAAGCCAUUUUUAAAAUACUAAGAAUGAACUAAUGAUGCAUUUUUUUUAUGUUUUAAGUCGGACCUAUCACCUGUCCCACCUGACCACACCUCCCCCUUGCCUCCCAGAAAAGGCACUUUCCCAUCAAGUCAUCAAUGAAGACAACACGGAUAUUUGGCUAGCUAGACAAUCUCGAUGUGGCUCUGUAUGAGAACUGCAUAUGAUCGAUGGAGAAAAAAGAAGAUGUAAGUUAAUAUAAAAAUGGAGAUGCUAUUGAUCUGUGGCUCCAGAGGCACCAGAUGUUCUGACUGUUUGGAGUCCCAAGGUGGGUUAUUGGACCCAGUCUACCUCAUUGAUAUCGCGGGAAGUGACUGCUUUGUAUAAAAAAAUGUUAACUGCUACUGUGGAAAUGGGGGGGGAGGGGGGGGGUUAUGGGCUUCUCGGACAAGCAGGGAAACUUAAGCAGCAGGUUUGCUCUAUCUACUCUAUGCUGAUUUACAAUAAUGAGCCAACAUUAUUAUUAUUAUUAUUAUUCAUGAAUUGUUUAUACAGAGGAAUUAUAUGACAGUUUUGAUAAGAUAUUGCAUUAAAAUCACAAUCAGAAGCUUAGCGGGGGUCCUAUAGGCCACCAAAUCAUCCUGGAUAUUAAUGUAGCUUUUUUUUUUUUUUUUGUUCUCUUUAUGUAUGUGUCUGGAAACCAUGUUGUCAGCUGUGUGGAAGCACAAUAACAUCCACCUUCUAAGUUGCUUGAACACAAUAAUAGUGUGAGUGAAUGGCGCUAGUAUCCCAGGACACUUAGUCUUUGAAGAAGACUCUGAAGUCCACAGUUAACCAUGUUCAUGUUUCGCUUGUCGCGCCAUACAUUGAAGUCCCACUUUGUUGAAAACCAGCCGGUGGAUGCAUGACUACUGUCCCAUGAAAUGCUUUUUACUCUCCCAACAGGUCUCUUCACAACUCAACCUUAAAACUUUAAAUCAUGCCUCUUCCUCUCUGUAUACUUUAGUGGACUGUUGUUAAAUCUUUACUGUAGUAAGUCUUCCUCUGCCUGAGUACAGCCUGCAGUGUUUCUACUUCCCCCUGUAGUGUGCUUUUUUCUAGUGCUGGUACUGUCCUCUCCAGGGCUGAACUGACGGCAGGGAAAGACUUAUUGGAAAAAAGGGCAUUUGUUUUCAUUUCUAUGUAAUAUGAAUGAAAAAAAGUCUUUAAAGGGAGCUUUGAUUAAAAACUCCACCUUCCCAUACUACUUAGUUUCCUCCUUCCCCUAACCUAAGACCUCACAUGAUUUAAAAAUGCAAAGUUGUACAAACUGUAUAUAUAGUAUAUGCAUUGGAGGGGCAGCAACUCUUUAUUCAGCCCCUUUGUAAUCAAGAAAGUCAAAAGUGUAGAGAAAUAAAAUUGAAAACAACAACAACAACCACUGGAUAUCAUUUUAACAAAGAUAAAGCUGUAUAUAAAUAUAAAUAUAUGUAAAAUGGCAAACUAAUAUCUUUAUGUAUAUGAACCAGAGUGUUUUGCAUUUACCUGUUUUUUCUAUUAGUGUUUUUGCUAUAAGAUCUCAGAGACAAGUUUGUUAAAGUAGGUUUGAGAAACACGUCUGCUGCUCUCCAAUAGAGUGAGACGAGAGGCCGAUGUGACGACACAAACAGUUUUGAUUCAUGCGGAGUGUGGUUGAUUAUUAGACAUGAAAAUCACUUCUCGAGUACAGCAGUACAAUGGUGCAUAGCAUUUGUAUUUAUGUAAUAUUGUUUGUGUUUAAUUUCUUUUCUUAUUUAUGCUACUGCUUGUUGAUUACCAAAACCUGUCCCUUAAUCGGUCACAAUUGGAUUACUAUACUCUUGAAUGGAAAAUCUUGAACUCCCUGGAAUAUUGUUAGUGUUUUGCUUUUUUAUAUCUUCCCUAUAGAAGUGAAUGUGUUGGUAAACCUCGUGAAAUGGUUACUUGGCCUAAUGUUUGUUAUGAUGUAAAACUCAGUCGACCCCAUACUUAACCUGGUAAUGAAUUGCACUCUCAUAGUAUAAUGGAGAUCUUCUCUAAAGUGGUAGAUAUUGAUCAAGUAUCCGAAGCAGUGAUAUAUAUAAAUAUAUAUAUUUUUUGGUAUGUUUCUAUUUCAAGGGAAGACCAUGAUGAGACAUUAUGCCGCUCACUGGAUUUUAGCCUGAAUAAUUUUUAACUUCUCUGAAUCUUAAUUUAAGUUCUCUGCAUAUCUUAUAAUUUAAUAAAGUUUGCUCGAAAAAUUGACGUUUUUUUAACCUCACCUACUUUUUAAAAAGAUGUUGCAUCUGUACAGCAGAGAUACUUUAGGGAAUAUGAAUAAAUAUAAUGAUCAUUUUUAUUGUAUGUGGCAUGUUUUGUAUGGAUAUUAUUUUGAAUUGUACAUAUUUUUUUCAGGACGCAAGAGGUUGCAUCUCUUUAUAUACAGCUUUCCCACUCCCCUUCCCCUUCAUCUUAUUUCUUUGUCUGCUUUGUUUCUUGUAAAGGAAAAUAAAAUGCAUUUUAAAUAUGU